AUUUUUGGCGAUUGCUUGGCAUCGGUCAACUCAACUUCAACUUUCAUUGAACAUCAUCAUUCUCGAGUAAUAUCUGUUUACAUAUCAAAAUAUAAUAAGGCUUGUUUUCCGCCCUCUGUCGAUCUUUCCUCGCCAGAUCAUGCAAAUGCCAUUAGCGAUGAACUACUUCCACGCCAUCGAACCUUGCAGUUGGAGACCAUAGACUUUGUUCAGUUCCAGGCCUCGACUCCUGCUAGUCUAGCAACCGUCCAGCGGACACCGGUUCUUCAGCGUUGAACGGUAUAACUCGAGUCAUGGCAGUGCUAUUUGACAGACAGAGAGACUCCUGCUCUCUAGUAUCCUCCAGUCUGCUUGUCAUCCUCACCUGCUGUCUUCCUCUUUUAUCUUUCUGAAGAACAUCUGUCCCUCAAGCCAUGGCGGCGAAAUCUUUUCUGUUCCUUUGGUGUCUUCUAACUGCCAAGAUCUCACUAAGCCAUCGGAUUGGUCCUCGACAAGCAGAUGGCGAUGUUGACGACCAAGUGUUUUUGAGGAGAGCAUUCCAUUCCUCGGCCGUGUUGAACGAAUGGGUGUACAUCGACGGAGGCGAGUUCUCCUACAAGAGCGGAAGCAACAUUGUCUACCAGUACUGUAAGCCACCUGUGCAAUUUGUAGAACUCUGUCUAUGAGCUGACGGCUUGCAGCAAAUACAUUGCUAUCCAUUGAUCUUUCGAAGGAUUGGCCCAAUGAUAUGAUCGACAUACAAUCGUCUUCCAAGCCGGAAGGUGUCCCGAACUUGCGAAACGGUGGCAUCUGGGUCGACGAGAAGAAUGGAGUUCUAUACACGGGGUUUGCCGGGACAGAGCCCUUCUUCGGUGAUGGAGCGCUCUGCUCACAGGGCCUGUGGUCAUUCGUUCCAAAUGGAUCAGGCGGGGGUGACUGGAGAAAUUUGAACGAUACUGCUGACCCCGGUUUUGUGAACCUCCCACGGCCCUACAAAGGGCAAACAAGCAGUGGCGAUGGCCGGGGGUUCUUUCUCGGCGGCGUCAUCAGCAAUGAGACAGGCCAGGAGACCACCCUCAGCAGCCUCGACACCUACGAUUUUGCCACCAACAAACUCACAAAUCAGACGGUGUCUGGCGUGUUUACUCGGGGAUUGGAACGGUAUGGAGGCAUGAUCUACGUGCCCAACUUUGGAAAUCGCGGAAUCUUGAUCAAUGUAGGCGGCGAGCAAGGUGGACGAGGACGAGUCGAGACCGACGAGUUGAUAUCUUUUCGGCGAGUUCAGGUAUACGACCCAGAGAGUCAGACAUGGUUUGAACAAAAGACGAGCGGCAAUACUCCCCAACCUCGUAAGCAAUUCUGCAUUGCCGGCCUGGCAUCCAACAAUCAUACUUAUGAGGUACUGGUCUACGCGGGCUGGGAAGGGCAGUAUGGGUCGUCGUCGCUGUCCUAUGACAGUGCCUUUGUGCUUACGCUUCCUGGAUUUCAUUGGGUCAAAGCAAACUAUCCGUCACAUAACCCACGACACGGCCUGACCUGCAACCCUGUUGGCGGAAGUCAAGUCUUGAUUAUCGGUGGUGUUGACACAACACAACAAGCUGACAGCUCAGGCGCACAACAACAACGCCAGCAGCGGAACGGUUCCUCAGAUAACAUAUCCGAUUACAUUAGUGCUUUCAGCACCCCUGAUCCUUUCCACCGAGGAUUGGCGAUAUUUGACAUGCAUGCCAUGGGUUGGAACACCUCGUAUACAGCGAAUCCUGCCGUUUAUGCGCCCGCUCCAGAAGUUCAGGAUUACUACAAUACCAGGGGCCUCAAGCCAGAAGCAGGCUUCGCCUCACCGGAACUCGAACACAUAUUCUCUAUCGCCCGUUUCGACAACAACCCAGACGAGAGCCCAGCCAGCUACGCACGCGGAAGUAAUACAGCUGCCAUUGCGGGAGGGGUAGUCGGAGGCGUUGUCGUACUAGCCGCAGUAUUCGGGUUAUUUCUGUUCUUCAGACGCAGACACAAGAAACAGUCACUGCCAUCCACGGUUGUGGGUCAAUCUAUCAGUUCUCACACGGCCUACGACAAGCCCGCGACGUUGUCGUCACUGCAUUGGCAGGAGCUGGCAGUGAUUAAUAAUGAGCAGCCACAUCCUGAGUUGCCAGUGGAGGGUCAUGAACAGCCCCAUCCAGAACUACCUGUGACUGGACACGAGAGGCCCCGGAUUGAGCUACCACCGGAGGUGAAACCUGAGAAGCAGCAGGAGGCGGUUCCAGCACCACCAGCAGAGCCGGAGCCUGUGGAAUUGCAUGGGGACAGUCUGGUCCUGAGCGAGUUGUCUCCUAGGUCGCAGGAUAUCAUGAAGAACUUCAAGUUCCCGACUGAGCAUAUACAGAAGCCACUUUCUCGGACAAAGAGUUUGUGA